GAUAGAGUACCAGAUUUUUCUGUUCCUCUUAAUGAGUCAAGUGAUGACAGCAUGGAUGAGCCUUCCACUUCUAUGUCUGAAAUGGCUUCACAAAGGCCGAGGAGAAACUGUCACCGCCCUAUUCAAAGGAGUCUUGUAGAAUCCGAUGACUCAUGUUGCGAUAGUGAAGAUGAGUAUAUUCCAAAUCCCAGGGAGGAAAGCAAUGACAGUGACUGCAGCUUGGAGUUAUCCCUGGAAAAUAAAAGGAAGAAUGUCAAAAUGUCAUCCAUUAGUCAGUGCAGAAACAAGUCUUCAAGUCAGAGCCGAUUUAAGUCCAGUCAGAACAAAAGUGAGUCUUCAAGUCAGAGUCGAUUUAAGUCCAGUCAGAGCAGAAGAUUUGAAACAAGUCAUGACUCGGUACAAAGAUUUCCUGAUAGCCUAGAAGGAAAACACAAGGAGACGAGUGUUUCAAUGACACCUGAAGAAGAGCCAUCGAUCUUUGUUAAUCCAGUUUUAAAGAAGGAGGAUGGUUCCAGAAGAUAUAAUAAAAAACAUCACUGCUUGUAUUGUGGACAGGUAGUUCAGAAAAUGUCAAGACACUUGUCGCGUAGACACAGCGAUGUGGUUGAGGUCGCAAAGGCAUUAAGCUUGCCAAAGAAUUCAAAAGAAAGGCGACGACAGUUGGAUUUUAUCCGAAACAAGGGUAACUUUGAACACAACACUCAAGUUUUGGAGAGUCGCAAAGGCAAACUCAUCCCAUGGAAGCAGCCAAAGAAAAUGACAGAUGGACAAGAAUUCAUGCACUGUGUUUAUUGCUAUGGAAUGUUCCGAAAAAGAGUGAUGUGGCGUCAUUUUCAGGUCUGUAAUUUCAAGCCUCAGGGUAAGACAUCUAAACGAGGUAAAACAAGAGUUCAAGCUUUGUGUGCAUUUGCUGAACCUGCUCCAAUUGGAUUUAGCGACGCGUACUGGAAGUUCUUAAGUGGUAUGAAUCAGGAUGAGGUUGCAGUUGCUAUUAAGGAAGACCGCUGCAUUCUUGAGUAUGGUUACAGACAGUUCAGAAAGAAUGAGUAUGUAAUAAGCCAGCACCAAUAUAUUCGACAAAAACUGAGAGAGCUUGGCAGACUGUUACUGGAAGCAAAAAAGUUGACACAUGUGAAGACAAUCAAAGAACUCAUAAAGCCUGAAAAGUACACCCAUGUUGUCUCGGCUGCAAGAUGCCUUGCUGGAUUCAAUGGUGAAACUGGCAAAUAUAAACGUCCGUCUCUUGCUCGCAAAGUUGGACAUGGCUUGCAUGCUUUAGCCAUGUUUAUCAAAUCUGAAGGAUUGAAGAUGAAAGAUACACAGACUACCAAAGAUGCUGAGGAAUUUGCACUGCUAUACCAAGAAAGUUGGAAAUUUGACAUUGCAAGCCAAGCGCUAACUCAGCUUAACCAGACAAAGUGGAAUUCUCCUCAGAUUCUACCAUUCACACAAGAUGUCCACAGACUUCAUUUCUAUUUGUCUGAGAAACAGCAGAAGCAAUUGAAUGCCCUGCAAGAAGAGCCUUCUCCCUUGAACUGGAAGGACCUUGCUAAAGUGACCCUGGCGCAAGUUAUCCUCUUCAACCGACGAAGAGCAGGAGAAGUAUCCCGAAUGUCCUUGUCGGCGUUCCUGUCAAAGGAUACAUCAGAGACACACGAAGAUGUUAACCUAGCCCUUACAGCACUUGAGCAGAAGCUUUGCAAACAUUUUGUUCGGAUUGCCAUAGUAGGAAAGAGAGGAAGGAAAGUCCCUGUUCUCCUGACCCCGGUCAUGAGAGAAUCGCUCGAUACUCUGACUGAAAAGCGAGAAGAAUGUGGAGUACUGAGUGAAAACGGAUACUUGUUUGCAUUGCCUCUCUCUGUCCAUUAUUUGAGGGGUUCCGAUUGCAUUAGGCAGUUUGUGAACGAAUGUGAUGACAUCAAACACCCCAAAGCACUAACCUCAACAAAACUUAGGAAACACAUUGCUACUCUGUCGACUGUUCUGAAUCUCAAGACUACAGAACUUGACCAAUUGGCAGAUUUCCUUGGGCAUAACAUUGAGGUCCACAGAAAGCACUACCGCCUUCCAGAGGGCACCCUCCAGCUUGCUAAAAUAAGCAAAGUUCUUCUAGCGCUGGAACAGGGACGGCUAGGAGAAUACAAGGGGAAGAAUCUGGAUGAAAUUCAGCUUGAUGUGACUGAGACUGUUGACAUGGAUGGGUGUUCACAAGAGGAAGAUGACUUUAUUCCAGACGUACAGGAGCCUGAAGUUGAGGACAGUGUGGCAUCCACACAAGAACCUACAUCCACACAAGAACCUACAUCCACACAAGAACCUACAUCCACACAAGAACCUACAUCCACACAAGAACCUACAUCCACACAAGAACCUACUUCCACGCUGCAUUCCCAAUACCAGAGAAAGUCGGCAAAAAAGAGAGGUAAAGAAACUGCUGUCAAAAGAAGCUGGACAACAGAUGAAUGUGCGGCAGUAGAAAGACACCUAAGGAAAUUCAUUGUGAGGAGCCAAGUUCCAGGGAAAAAGGACUGUCAGCGCUGCGUUGAUGCAGAAGCUCAAGCGUUAGGAAAUCGAGACUGGAAGGCGGUCAAAUACUUCAUCAAAAAUCGUAUUUCUGCCAUAAGAAGGAAAGUACAGUGAAAUACAGGUAGCUCAACGUAUUGGAUGCCUUCCCACUAG